CACCAAAGCGCUUGCUGCCUUGUCAAACAUAAUUUACGCUGGUGAUGAAAGCGUCUUGGCGGUGACAGUAACUGGAGUUGACACGAAGUAGAAGUUCUGUUUUUUCAGAAGUUUUAGUUAAUUUAACAACCAUGGCUACUCCAGGUGUUCUGCCCACAUACCAACGAUAUGUAAAUGGUGUUCCUAUACCAGUUAGCAGAAAGUCUUUGCGAAUGCGUGAAAAAUACAUUAUUUUGUUGGUUUUUGCAACGUUUGGUGUAGUUUGCUUUGGUGCAUUUUUCUUCUUACCUGAUUUGAGAGACAGGGUAAGUGUUCCCGAAAUGAAGAAACAGAUUAAAAUAUUUGGUGAUGAUAUAUUUAUGCCAGGGGCCGUAAAAGGAACAGGGAAGAUGCGUCAUAUAGAUAAUCACGGUGAUGAAGUUGAUAUUCAUAAAGUGGAAGAUAAGGAAAAACUAGGUUUAAAGGUAGCUGAAGAGUUUGCUAAACAAAAAGCUUUAGAUGAAUUAAGUAAAAAAGCAAAUCUUCCAAAGGAUGACACUUUGAAAUUUAAAGAGGAAAUUAAAGAAGACAAGGAAAAGGUUAUUGAACAACAGAGACAGAGGGAAAUGGAAAUAAAGAUGGAAGAGGAAAAGAAAUUAAAGGAAGAUGUGCAAAAAGAGCAUGCAGGUGGUGAUGGUACUCAGGGUGGGGAGCCAUCAGAUCCAGAUGUCCAAAUGAAAAGAAACAAAAUUAAAGAGAUGAUGAAGUUAUCUUGGGAGAGUUACAAGAAGUAUGCUUGGGGAGCUAACGAAUUGAGACCAAUCUCAAAGCGUGGACACAGUGCGAGUAUUUUUGGUACAUCAACCCUCGGAGCUACAAUUAUAGAUGCUUUAGAUACACUGCACAUCAUGGAGAUGAAUGAUGAAUUCAAGGAAGGACGUGACUGGAUUGAAGAUUUUUUGAAUUUCAAAAUUCUGCAUGAAAUUGUAGUGUUUGAGACACUUUAAAUUUUUGUCGGUGGUCUGUUGUCAGCAUGCAUUAUAUCGACAGAAAAUAUGUUCAAGGAGAAGGCUGCAGAUAUUGCGGAGAAGCUGUUGCCUGCAUUUAAAACUCCUACAGGGAUCCCCCACUCUAUGGUUAAUAUAAAAUCGGGUAGCAGUAGAAAUUGGGGCUGGGCAUCAGGUGGAGCAUCAAUAUUGUCAGAGUUUGGUUCUAUGCAUCUAGAGUUUGUCUAUUUGUCAAAUGUCACUGGAAAUACAGUGUUUGCUGAAAAGGUAUACAAAAUCCGAGAUUUCCUGAACGACAUAGAGAAACCAAAUGGUUUAUAUCCAAAUUACCUCAACCCUAGAACAGGGAGAUGGGGACAGCGUAAGUAUACAGUCAGUUUAUACGUACCUGUUGUACAAACGAAAUGGCAGUGUGGCUUUCUUGAUGAAUUUGUUGCCCCCUUUUUACCUCAACAGCGUAACUAG